AAUAUAAAUCAAUAUUCAAAUAUUAUAAAUAUAGAAUGGAAUAAUAUUCAAACUAUAGAGAAAUUAGAUUAUGGAGAUUCAAAUUAUUAUUUAUUGGUUACAUUUUUCAAUGAAAAUAAAAAUAUUAUAAAUAAAGUUUUAUUAAAAACCUCAUCAACAAUUGCACAAGAGGUUUAUGCAUCAGUUUUAGAAAAUAUAUUAAAAUUACCAAUUCCUGCAAUGCGAUUAUUGGAUUUUUCAAUGGAUGAAUAUUUUGAUAUGUCAAGAAAUCUAUUAAACUGUUCAACAAAUGAUCAAGGUUUAAAUGAAUUUAUAAAAUAUGAAAUAUUAGAUAAAUCUUUUAUUUUAGUAAUGGAAUAUAGAGAAAACGGGAAAAGGUUUAAUGAAUUAAAUCAUAAAGAAUAUUUUUCAGGGAAAAAAGGUGAAAAAAAGUAUAGACAAUUAGGAAGAAUUAUGGCUUUUGAAUUAUUUUGUAAUAGUUUUUUUCGAGCUUCACCAUCAAACUGGGAUGAAAAUACUUUUUUUUCAAAUCUUAUAUUUUACGAAUCACCAAGUAAAAAUGGAUGGUAUUUCUCUUUAAUAAAUUCAAAUAUUAUAUGUUUAAGUAAUAGUAUAUUUACAAGUGUUUACAGAGACCACAUCAAUAAAAUUAAAUUAUUUUUAUUUUCAAUUUUUCAAAACCCAAAUUCAGAAUCGACCCAACUAAAAUUAAUGAAAGACCAUUUGAACAAGUAUUUAAAUAUAUAUUUAACCUCUUCAUCCUCAGUUUAUAUACAAAAAGGAAUCGCAAAGGGUAUUAAAUCAAUGGUCAAAUCUUUAUCACUACCAAUUCUAGAAGAUACAAAGGAAAAACUUAAAGGAAUUGUAAAGAUGGAUAAUAAUAAUAUUUGGAAAAAGGGUAUCGAUUCAAUCUACUGUCCAUUUUUAUUAGAUGUUUUAGAUGAAAUUGCACUAGAAUACUCCACAAAUUACAGAGAAAAAACUUAUUUUGUGAAG